AUGCCGCAGCCGGAGAACCCCUUCGCUCACUUCUUUCACUCCCAGGCACGCCGCAGAUCAGAGUCGGCUGCUAUCCCAAUUCACGACCGCGAUGUCAAGCGCGAUACGGCGACAAGCUCUACGGCGCGCAACCCUUUUGCACCACCGGUUCCACCAAAGGACGAGCCGCAUAAGACUUCGUCCACUUCAUCCGCGAUAAGUGAGACAAGGAAGACUCUGUCCGCUCUGGAGAAGGAGUGGAUGCUGAACGACUGCAUUCAGCCGACAUUGGCACGUGAAGAUAAGCUGAGGCAAGAAUACUCACCGAAGAGUAUGAGGGCGGUAGAUGGAAGCGAAAUUCGGGAGGGAAGGUCACCAGCCAGCCGAAUACAUCCAGCUUUGAGGUCAAUCUCAUCACCCCCACGAAGCUUCAUAGCCCUCCGAGAGAGUGUACAAGAUAGCGGGGUCGACGUAUUCAGUCCUGUAACCUCCAGCGACGCAACAUCAGAGAACGCCAACAGCGAAGUCAAGUCGAAGGCUACAAAGCGCGAUACCGUCGCCGAUCUCUUCAGCGAGAUCAUGGGAACCGGUAAAGCGCCACGCCUACCUCGUCAGAAAGUGCUAGACGAAGUCUCUACACGUUCCGCCGUGCCACCACCCCUGCGUAUACCCAGCAAGCCCAAGCCUUCACCUCGUGGUAGCGCCCUACCGCCGACGCACAAGUACAACAAGCUAGAGCUAGGCGGCCGUCCCUCACUCCAGAUCGUAACGACGUUCGCCGAGCCCAGAACCGCACCAGAGCCCCUCGCCAAUCGUCGCAGUUACACAAAGCGCAUGAGUCACCAGCACGGUCGUAAGGAUAGACCAGCACGCGCAUCCAUGCUGCGAUGGAGUCUCUUCCCGAAAGACACGACAGUAUCACUGCCGCAAGUACCAGAACCACGGAAUGAGACUCCGCCCAUACCCCGGAAGAGCAGCAAGAGAGGCAGAAGUAUCACCUUGGAAGAGCCAUUGCUACCCAGGAAAAGUACACCUCCUCUUGGAGAAAGUGUGCCACCGCCUCUGCCUGUCACUAAACAACGGCGUGCGCAAACCUUUCCUGCGCAAAAAAGCUCUCACAAGUUGCGAAAGGAUUCAGACAUCCGUCUUUCACCCACACUACCGCAGCGCAGAGCCACGCAUCACAUCACUGUGAACAGGAUGCGCGAUCCAGACGAGGCCUUCGAGGAACUCAUCGCGCUUCGCAGACGUGCGACCGCUGAUGUUGGCGGAGGUGCACCCACCGUACCUGCCAGGGUGAAUAGCAAACCCCACAGCGUUAGUGGCGGUAGAGGAGGCGAUUGUUUUGGCCUAUACACCACAGCAAAGAGUCGCGUCGAUGACAUCGUAGAAGUAGUGCGAAGCGUGAGAGAAAAGAACAGGGCGAGGAAGAAGCGGGAGAAGAUGAUGGCGGAGGUGAGGAGAAAGUAUGAGGAGAUGGCUAGUGCUACUAGUAAUCAGACGGGUGGAGAGGGAGGGUAUAAGUGGUUGUGA